AGCGGGAGUACCAGACACAAAUUCCCAAAGCAAUGACCCGAGUCCCGGUUAUAUGGGUCUCGGCUCGAAAGGUCGACUGUUUAUUCCCGUCUGCGGAUGCUGCCUGACCGGCUGAGUUCCAGCAGCAUUUUGUGUGUGCCGGUCUGUGUGGAGCUUGGAGAAUGAAGAUCCAAGGGUCAUACGGAACAGUUGGAAGGGGGGUGCAGUGUGUUUGCGCUGAACGUUGAUGAAACCGAAAUAUGAUCUCGCCGUGUCUCCGGUUAUUUUGGGUGCGCGGCCGGCCGACCUUCCCUCACAGCCCAUUGGCCGUGGAGCGAGUUCAAUGCCUCCGGAGAGCCCAGUGAGAGUGCGAGAGGAGGGUGGAGUUGGAGUGACCCUCCAGGCCGCUGUUAGUUUCACCUCGGGCGCUGUCGGCACGCAAUGCUACUGCGGUUCGGGGUGGUGGUGACGCUGGCCGACCACGAUGCCCAGCUGUUCGUGUGUGGGUCGAGGCCGGAGCUGGGGCACUGGGAUCCGCAGCGAGCGGUGCCGAUGCAGCCGGCGAGCAGCGCAGUGAACGAGCCUUCCUUCUGGUGUGGCGAGGUGGUGCUGCAAGAGCGCUGCGCCGAGAGGUUCUGGUUCAAAUUCGGCAAGCGGAUCCGCGGCCAGUUCAUCUGGGAAGGAAGUGGGCCUCAUCACGAUCGGUGCUGCGAAUACGACGAGAGCAACUUGGUGGGUGACGUUUACUGUCACCCAGUCGGACAUUACAUUGAGGAGAGUGGGUGUACUAACGAGAUGAAGCAUACCACUGAUUUCUACUUUCGCAUCGCUGACCACCAGGCCAUGCACUACUCCAGGAUUCUGCCCAGGAUUUGGCUUGGUAGUUGUCCGCGACAAGUAGAGCAUGUGACCGUCAAACUUAAACACGAAUUGGGGGUGACUGCAGUAAUGAAUUUUCAAACGGAGUGGGAUGUUGUGCAGAAUUCAGCUGGAUGUAACCGCAGACCAGAACCAAUGAGACCCGAAUUCAUAAUGGAAUUGUACAAAGAUGCUGACAUUGCCUAUGUGUGGAUGCCAACUCCAGAUAUGAGUACAGAAGGCAGGGUGAAGAUGCUCCCUCAGGCAGUUUACUUGCUGCAUGGUUUGCUAGAGAAUGGCCACACUGUGUAUGUACAUUGUAACGCGGGGGUAGGAAGAUCGACUGCCACUGUAUGUGGGUUCCUGAUGUACAUCACCGGUUGGAGUCUAAGAAAGGUCCAAUAUUUUGUGACUUCCAAGCGACCUGCAGUUUACAUCGAUGAAGAGGCUUUGAUCCAUGCCAAGAAUGAAUUUCAUCAAAAAUUUGGACAUAUUCGUUCUUCUGUGUGUCACAAUUGUUAAGAGUACAACUAUACCUUGGCACAACUACCCUUUGAAGGAUACAAAUAGUUUCUUGCUUUUAAAUGAAUGGCUUUUUUAAUGUUCAUUUUAGGACAGCACAACAUGAACAACUAAUCCCUUGCAAAAAUUCAGGUAACUUUAAAAUGUGCAUGCUAUUUAAUUCUGAAACAUUUUGGUGUCGUUUUAAGAAUAGAUGGUGAUUGCAAGCUGGCUGUGGUUUUUGACCUAGGAUGUUGGAUGGAAACUGCUUAUUGCUAACAAACUCCUCCAGAAUGAUUAUUGUUUAGUUACCUUGACCCGGCUGGUGGCAUAGUGGCAUCAGCACUGGACUUCGGGAUGAAAGGUCCCAAGUUCAAAUCCAGCCAGCCGUCUCCCCUGCACACUUUCCAUCCAUGCUGGGUUAAGAGCUGGUGAUCUCUUUGGAAACUCACCUGGCAGACGGCAAUGGAAAACCACUACUGUAACUUGCCUCGAACGUGGUUCCCCACUAUCUCAGAGAGGCAUGGAGGGAAAUCAUCCGCUAACCGGAGAAACUCCGGAUGCCACAUACCUUUCCUUUUCCUCAGUUACCUACAAAUAUCAAAAUAAUCUCUGGGCCACACAUUAUUCCCUGAAUGAAGUCCUGCUUGAUAACAAAUCGUUAGGAUCUUUUCUUUUAUAAACUGAUCCCCAUUAGAAAAACACGCAGACUUUACUCAGUGGAACAAUUAAUUCAGCAAGCUUGGAUUGAGAGCAAGACAUUGGUUGUGCUUAGCUUAAGAAACAAACAUAACAGAAGACAACAGAUUAAUUAUCCACGACACCAGAUGCUUAGGGUUUAGACCAUAAGACAUGUGAUCUAAUUCUGCUCCUUUGGCCCAUCGAGUCUGCUAUGCCAUUCAAUCGACUCCUGCCUUCUCCCCAUAACCUUUGAUAUCCUGGCUAAUCAAGAACAUAUCAACCUUCACUAUACUCAAUUACUAGGCCUCCACAGCCAUCUUUGCAAAGAAUUUCACAGAUUCAUCAACCACUGGCUAAAGAAAUUCUUCCUAAUCUCUGUUCUAAAGGGACGUCCUUAUAUUCCGAGAUUAUGCUCUCUGGUACUAGACUCCCCCACUAUAGGAAACAUUCUCUCCAUAUUCACCAUUUAUGCCUUUCAUUAUUUGAUAAGUUUCAAUGAGAUCCUUCUAAACUCCAGCGAGUACAGGCCCAGAGCCAUCAAGCACUUUAGACAAUAAGCCUCAACCCAAUUACUUGAUAUGGCACAAACUCUUCAUUAUCACUUAUUCAUCUCCUUACGUUUCAAAUAUAUUUAUGUCAUUCAUUUUAACUAUUUGAGCUAUCAUGUUCUACACCGUUACCAGCUUUCUUUUUAAAUCCCCUGUUGAACUCACCAAUGAUAACCAUUUCAUCUCAUUUUCAAAUUUCUCCAUGACUUUAUACCCUGUAUAAAACAGCCUUAUUCAUGCCUCAUAUUUCAGCUGAUGCUUGGGUAGCAAUUUUGUCAGGGAUAUGGGAGGAGGAAUGGCUUUGUUCAUCCUCUUAGCCAGAGUACAAUGGGAAAAGAAGUGAAUCAAAUCUUUUAAUCUGUGCAGCAUUGUGACAAUAUGCUACUGCUAAAUCACACUGUAAUUAUACUAAUUUUAAUGAGAAUUUCCAGAUCAAUGUUGAUUUUGAAUUCAAAUAUCAAGUCAAAUUAAAAAUGAAAAUAGACUGAA